UCAUUCAAUCCUUAUAUCUCUAACUCUUACCACUUAAGCUAAGCCGGUAAGUAAUAAACAAAUAUUUAUCCAUGCUUGUUCAAAACCCAAACUUUGACAUAAAACCAGAACUUCUAUCCACCAUGCUUUCCCGGGCAAAGAUGAUUUCUCGAGCCCGUACUCUGGUUCCCCCUCUCACUCCCCACCACAAACCACGGUUGUGGUUCUGCACACAACCAAACACAGACAGAGACACUGCCAUUCUCGCCAGGUUCCAACAGAAAGACUGGCUUACCCCAAAACAAGCCACCACCCUCUGCAACUCCCUCAACCACCCUUCCUCCGCCGUCACCCUCCUCCACCUCUACACCGCCCGCAAAGACUUCAACCCCACUGAACCCUUCUGCACCUCCCUCAUCACCAAACUCGCCCACGCCAACCUCCUUGACCCCAUCCACACCCUCCUCCACCAAACCCUCAAACGCCGAAGCUUCUCCGAUGACUUCUUCUUCACCCUCAUCAAGCUCUACGCCCAUGUCGCCCGCCGCAUUGAUAAGGCGGUUGAAACGCUUCUUUCCAUGCCGGAUUUCCAAUGCUGGCCGUCGCGGCGGACGUUUAACUUUGUACUUAAUGUGCUUGUUGCUAAUAGGCUUUAUGAUGUUGCUGGUGAGGUUUAUGAGGCUGCGCCGAGGCUUGCGGUUGAGGUGGAUGCGUGCUGUAUGAAUAUUCUUAUUAAGGGGUUGUGCCAGCAAGGGGAGCUUUCGGCUGCGGUUAAGGUGUUUGAUGAAUUUCCUAAGUCGGGGCUGGAGCCGAAUGUGAGGACGUUUUCGACGCUGAUGCAUGGGUUGUGUGAGAAGGGGAUGGUGGAGGAGGCGUUCGAGUGGUUGGAGAAGAUGGAGAAGUGUGGUGUUUGUCCUGAUGUUGUGGUGUUCAAUGUUUUGAUUGGGGGGUUGAAGAAGAAGGGGAGAGGGGAGGAAGGGAAGGAGGUUUUGGAUAUGAUGGUGAGGAAAGGGUUUUAUCCUAAUGUGGGUUCUUACCAGCAGGUUUUGUAUGGGUUGCUCGAUGCAAAGAGGUUUAUUGAGGCGUUGGAGGUUGUGGAGGGGAUGGUUUCGCGGGGUUUUGUUCCGAGUUUCGUGUCGUUUAAGCAGCUCGUCGUGGGACUGUGCCGGCACCGUCGGACUGAGGAGGUUGAUUGGGCUCUGAGGCAGAUGGUGAGGCAGGGUUUUGUGCCCAGGAUGGGGAUGUGGAGGCACAUUGUCAACUGCGCGGUAUCAAAACCAAGAAAUUAUGAAUCUACUUGUGUUUCCCUUGAUGAGAUUUUGGAGGGUUGUAACCACUUAACCUGAUCAUAAUAUAACAUAAAUCCUCCAUUAUCUGUGUUUGGAUUUCAGUUGUUGGACAUUUCAAGAAGAGGAUGAAACAGAAAACACACGUUCAAAUGGAGUGCAUAUGAACGGGUUUAUUGGAUUGAAUGUGCUUUCAUGUUGGUAUAGAUCCUUACGCCAACACAAAUUCUCUGUGUACAAAAUAAGUAGAAGUAUUGGAAUAGUUGUGUCUUUGUAUUGUUUUUUGGUUUACUGAUAAAAGUGAUUUAACAUAAGGACUUCUCCAGAGGUACUACUCUCACUCAAACACACUUAAUUACGGAGUUUUGAUGGGAUUGUAUUGGUGCUGGUAUGAUUGCAUUCAAGUUAUGUCUUUGUAUGAUUUGGGUAUCCAAUUUUGAACAUCAAAUUAGAUUCAGUUUAUAUGCAUAA